CAAUGAAAUUAAAAAAGGAUUGCAAAUAAUCAAUUCCUUUGAAAAAUGAAUCUCAUCAAUUCAUUUUAAGUGGUGCGAGCAAAACAAAUUUCUGAAAAUCUUUACGUAGACAAAAUUUUUUUAAUGGAAUAUAUAAAAUGGAGUGAUUGUGUAAAAGAAAAUAUAUUAAGAAAUCAAAGUUGGUUAAUCUGCAACUUUUCCUUAAAUCAAAGUCUUUAAAAAGAGUAAACGAUAUCACUUGAGUAAAUGAUGCAUACAUCGCAACGUGUUAGAACAAACAAGCCCUAUAGAGCAAACUUAACUUACAUGUGUAUGUGUAGAAUUGAUUAAUAGUGGAAAGCAAUCUAUAAAAGUUUUGUUUGUGCAUGAAAGCGAAAAAAGGACGUAACAAUUUAUAAUAAUAUUUAUAUUGCAAAUAAAUAACUAAAUAAUUGUUCAUAAAUACCAUGUUUAGCAAACGGAGUAAAAAAACGUUGCUUAUAACCACUUCCUUAUUUCUUUGUUUAAGAAAUCUGUUGCUAAUAUUCCCAUUUUUCACACCCUGUGAGGAGCAACUGUUUUAAAUAUUUGCCAGUAAACCUGGAUUAGUUUCAUUCCCAUUUAAAAAAGAAAGUUUCAAGAGAUAUCGAGGAUAAAAGCAAUUGAAAGAUUUCGUGAUAUACGUUACCUGCACCGACUUAGCCAGCAACACUAGUAAGCUUAACAAUAAGCGACCAAACGCUGCAGGCAGCAGCAACAAAAAGAAGGUUGCCACAAUUCUGCACUGUGCCGCCUCCUUCAAAACAACGACAUAUUUCUUCCAAAACUUCCACAACAAAUAAAGCAAGGAAAUCAGCUAAAAUGCAACGUCAAGCUACUCAUGGAACUUCCUUACCCAAACACACAAAUCUCGAUGAAAUUUGGACUGAUUUGGAACAGGGCAUCAAACAAGUGUUUCAACAAGAACAAUCACUGACGACGGAACGUUAUAUGCAACUUUAUACGUAUGUUUACAAUUAUUGCACCAGCGUAAACACCGUACAAAAUAGUAGCAAUCGUGUCAACAAAACUGGCGGAGCUCAGCUAGUUGGCAAAAAAUUAUAUGAGCGUCUAAAGGAUUUUCUUAAAGAUUAUUUGGCUAGUUUAUUAAAAAAUUUUGUGGCUAUUAAGGGUGAAGAGGUUUUACUUGAUCAUUAUACUAAACAAUGGGUACUCUAUCAAUUCUCUAGUACUGUCCUGAACGGCAUCUGUUCAUAUUUGAAUAGACAUUGGGUUAAGCGCGAAUAUGAAGAAGGGCAAAAGGGUAUAUACGAAAUUUAUCGUUUGGCUUUAGUCACUUGGAAAGAACAUUUAUUCAAAGUUUUAAAUGAGCCGGUAACCAAUGCCGUACUAAAGUCCAUAGACGAAGAACGUCGGGGCAAAACCAUAAAACGGUCUUUGGUACGUGAUGUUAUCAAUUGCUAUGUAGAAUUGGGUUUCAAUGAGGAUGAAGUUGACACUAAAAAUACAGCAGAAGAUCAAAAAUUGCGCGUUUACCGCCAGCAUUUUGAAAAUAAGUUCCUGGAUGAAACAGCGGCAUUCUAUGAACACGAAUCUGAUGCCUAUCUAAGCAAUAAUACGGUCACAGAAUAUAUGAAACAUGUGGAAAAGCGUUUAGAUGAGGAACGUAAACGUGUCAAUAGUGGAGAUUUUGAUUCUGUGCUCACUUCUUAUUUGCACGCCAGUACUUUGGAAAAGUUAAUAGAAACUUGCGAAGUGGUUCUCAUUGAAAAACAUUUGGAUAUAUUUCGUUCAGAGUUUCAGAAUCUUUUGAAUGCCGAUAAAAAUUCAGAUUUAAAACGCAUGUAUUCAUUAGUUGCCCGCACACCUAAAAAUCUCACCGAAUUAAAAAUUAUACUUGAAGAGCAUAUUCUACAGCAUGGGCUUCAGGCCAUAGAGAAAUGUGGCAAUACCGAAGCCGCCAACGAUCCCAAGAUUUACGUGCAAACUAUAUUGGAAGUGCAUAAAAAAUAUAAUGCUUUAGUGUUAACGGCCUUUAAUAAUGACAAUGGCUUUGUGGCAGCUUUGGACAAAGCUUGCGGCAAAUUUAUAAAUUCAAAUGUGGUUACACAGGCCAACGGAGCCAGCAAGUCGCCUGAAUUACUUGCAAAAUACUGUGACAUCCUUUUAAAAAAAUCCUCCAAAAAUCCGGAAGAGAAGGAAUUAGAAGACAAUCUUAACCAAGUAAUGGUAGUAUUCAAAUAUAUUGAAGAUAAGGACGUAUUUCAGAAAUUCUACUCGAAGAUGUUAGCGAAACGUUUAGUUAAUCAUACCUCCGCCUCCGAUGAUGCGGAGGCUGUAAUGAUAUCAAAACUUAAGCAAACUUGUGGUUAUGAAUAUACCAUUAAACUACAGCGCAUGUUCCAAGAUAUUGGACUUUCAAAAGAUCUUAACAAUAAUUUCAAACAUCAUUUACAAAGCGCCAAUAUACCAAUGGAAAUUGAUUUUAGCAUUGAGGUAUUAUCGUCGGGUUCUUGGCCUUUCAAUCAAAGCAGUAGCUUUUUAUUGCCAUCAGAAUUGGAAAGAAGUGUACAGCAGUUCAACACAUUCUACGCUGCACGCCAUUCUGGACGCAAACUAAAUUGGUUAUAUCAUAUGUGUAAAGGUGAAUUGGUGACGAAUUGCUUUCGCAAUAAGUACACGUUGCAAGCCAGUACAUUCCAAAUGGCGGUGCUGUUGCAAUUCAAUGAUCAAACCAAAUACACUGUUAAACAGUUGCUAGAAAAUACUCAGAUACAAUUGGAAAAUCUAGUGCAGGUGUUACAAAUUUUAUUGAAGGCCAAGCUGUUAACAUGCACUGAUGAUGAAAACUCUCUGACGCCGAAUUCAGUAAUGGAACUGUAUUUGGAGUAUAAGAAUAAAAAACUACGUAUCAAUAUUAACCAACCAUUGAAGACUGAGCUUAAGGUCGAACAAGAGGCUGUACAUAAGCACAUCGAAGAGGAUCGUAAAUUAUUAAUACAAGCAGCUAUUGUUCGGAUUAUGAAAAUGCGACGAAAACUUAAUCACACUCAACUUAUUACCGAGGUUUUGAAUCAGUUGUCAUCACGUUUCAAACCGAAAGUUCCCGUUAUUAAGAAAUGCAUCGAUAUUCUUAUUGAAAAAGAAUAUCUAGAACGUAUGGAGGGACAAAAGGACACUUACAGUUAUCUCGCGUAAAAGCGAAGAGCAAAA